ACUAUAUAAAAGACAGCAAUCAACGUGGCAGACGGAUAAUUUGUUUUUCGCUGAACUAUGCAUCUAACUGGGCAGCUCGCUAUUUGCAGACAAUGGCUUAGCAUUCCCCUUUUUAUUUUAAUAGAAACAAGCAUAUGUUCACGCAAGCCAACAUAUAUACAUACAUUUAUUUUUGUAAUGUUUUAUGCAUUCAUAAAUAGUUUUUUGUUGUGAAAAGAAAAAAAUUGUUUAAACAAGAAACUUUUUUCAACUCAAAACUCCAAGCAUAUUCGAAAUUUGGCAACAGUUGUGGAGAUGCAAGUAUAAGAUAGCUAUUUAAAAACAUGUGCUUAGAUGACUUAAUUGUCUUGCUUUCAAUCAUUUCUCACAGUUGUUUUGUCGAUUUUGGUUUCUUUUUUAAUAAUAGCAGUAAAUAAACUAUGCAAUGAUGGAUUUGCAUAUAUUGAUUGUGAUAUCUUGUGUGUUCUUGGCUUCUUUGUUUUCCUUAUUAUUCAUUAAUAAAUUUUUCCGUCGCAAAACAUUUGAAGAAAUUGUUGCCGAGAAGAAGGCUUUAACAGAGAAAAUAUACGGCAAAGAAAGGACCGCGUUUAGAAAACCUAAAAAACAUAAUAUGAAAAAAGAAUUGAAACGCGAAAAAAAACUGCGACAGCGCGCUACCAACGCCGAAUUCGAAGAUUCAGACGGUCACUCGGAACAGCCUUCAGUUGAAGAUGAUGUGCCUCAUGGCUUUUCAAAGUCUUCGCCCGAAUUGGAGAAGGCACCGGCACAUCACAGCCAGGAAGAUGCUGUUGCAAUUACGUUAAAGCAAUCCACUAAUGUAGACAAAGAAGCUGUUGCCAGCAAACAAACUAGAGGGAAGAAAGAAAAAAAAGUUUCAGGAGUGAAUAAAAAUAAUUCUUUGGCACCUAAUAAAAAUGAUAAUCCCAAUGCAUUAACAACGACAGCGAAAGAAGAAAAAAUUAUUGCAGAAAAUCUAUCAGCUAAUAACUCCGAAGUCAAAGGUCUGAAAGAGUUUUCUGAAUUUAAAAAAUCUGAAAAGAAGGAAGAUAAAUUACAAUUAAUCCAAGCAAAUAAGAAAGAUAGAAAUGGUAAAAAAGCUGAAACUCGAGAAAAAUUGAACGAAAAGGCAUUGGUUGGUGUAGAAAGUAUUCAAACUUCAAUUGAAACUGCAUUGACGGCAGCCGUAGCAAAGGAACUAAAGCAGCUUGACGAAAAAGGACGCCAGGGAUCGCCCAAAGUUAGUCAACAAAAGAGUAAGCCACAACAUAGAAAACAGAAAGAAGUUAAAGACUCCAACACGCUCGAUAUAUUUGCUGACAUGGAUACGGUCAGCGUGUCAUUGCUAAUGAAUUUAUUCCGUCGAGCCGAAUUAAAUCGCUCCGAAAUUCAAAUUCUUAUUGACUACCUGUUAAAUCGACAACAGGAUAUGCCCUCCGGUCAUUCGGAAUGGUCUGAUGAUGUUUGUCAGAAGCUCAAACGUCAAUUGAAAGAGAUCGAAAAAGCCCUAGCUGAGGAACAAGAGGCUUCUAUAGGCAUUCAAGCAAAGUUACGUGAAUUACGUCAAGAAAUCAAUACGGAACGUGUCAAUAUGAACGUCACCGUAAAAUCGUACAUAGAAAAAAUUCAAGCCAAGGAUCAGGAUAUAACCAUAUUGGAACAAAAAAUCAAAACUUUGAAUGACAAUUUAACUUUAGAACGUCAACAAUUUCAAGCUAAACUUAUACAUGAAAAACAAGCGGGUUCGCAGGACCUUUUAGCUCAAAUGCAAAUUAUGCAAAAUGAAUUAAGUCACAAGGAUAAAUGCAUUGCUGAGCUCACCUGCAUUGUCAAUGCUUCACGGCAGGCUGUAGAAGAAUCGCAACAGAAAAAUGAUAUUAUACAAUCGCAAGCUCAACAGUUGCGUGCUUUGGAACAGCAACGUGAUGAUCUCGAACAAGUCUCAAAUAAUCGCAUCUUUGAAAUUGAAAAAGCUAAACAAACGGAAAGUGAAUUCAAUGAAGCCAAGUUAGAGUUAUGUAACAUGCAAAACGCUUUAGAAUCAUCUAAAGCAGAAAACGCUCAAAUUCGUCUAGAUAUAGAGACUAAAACGAACGAAUUAACAUUGGCACAUACGAGCGCAAUUAGCGAAAAACAACAGGAAAUUGAAGCAUUACAAGGGAAAAACAUUGAAUUGACGCAGCAGUUAGUGAAUGUCACCAGUCAAACAAAAGAACAAGUUAAAGAGCAAAACAAUCUGCAGGCUGCCCAUCAAUUGCUUAAACAGCAGUGUAAUGAUAAGCAAAAGCAAUUAUCAGAGUCUACAGGAAGGGAGAAUGAAAUGAAGCAGCGUGUGAUCAGCCUUGAGAAAGAACUAGAAACGCUUGAAAAUGCGCUCAAAGAAGAAAUCGCCGACAAAACACAGCAAUUGCAACAAAUCGAACAGCAAAGGGAACAAUUCCUCAAACGCGAAAAGGAGUUGUUGCAACAAUUGCAAGAACAAAAAGACAAAAACAAUGAAUUGCGCAUGAAAAACUGGAAGUUGGUUGAGGCUUUGCAAAAUGCUGAAAUUAAAGCUAUUAAGCAAAUUGAAACACAUAAGCACCAACCAAAUGCAAAUUUAGUUCAACAGGAAAAAUCGUUAGCAGCCACUGCCACCUGCACACCAUUGGAGGUCAACGUGAAAGAUGACGCUAGUGCAGAGAAACAUCUGCGACAAUUACUCCAGCGUUUAUAUCCAGAAGCGGUUAAAUCUUGCGCACAAACCGCUCUCUCAGACACUCUUGAACAGUGGAUCGAACAAGUGAUGACUGCGCAUGUUAGCCAACAGUGGCAACGACAACAAGCGCAAGUUAGUAGUAGCCACAAAUCGACACAAUCCAGUAGCAGUAAUCAUCACCCCUCUUCCCCUUCUGCAGUCCAAAAUUCACAAAAUGGCAAUGGAAGCCGAAGCAAUAGCCCGUCAAGAAUUAGCACAGCCAUGGGAGGCAAUAGUGAUCACGAUGCUCUACUGAAGGAGAAUAAACUACUGCAUACGCGUGUUGAUGAGUUGCUUCAACUUGCCACAAAAAAUGAUAACACGUUAUCAGAUAUGUUGCAGCGGGCUGAACAACAGGAUGAACACUGGCGGAGUGUUGUACGUUCCAAAGAUGAACAGAUUAGUGCAUUAGAAAACCCAAAUGGCCAACAACAAGAUAUUUAAUAUCUCCCAAACCAACGGAAAUCUUCGACUAAGUUAUAAGAGCUAAAAUAGAGGAAAUAAAGCCGUUUAUCAAUAUGAAAUAUAAUGAAAUUGAUUGUAAAACGAAACAGCAUCAAUAUGAAAUAUAUCAAUAUGAAAUAUAAUGAAAUUGAUUGUAAAGCGAAACAGCGACAGCAGCAACUGAUAAGAGUGAAUGAUAAGUAAUUUGCCUUCCGGAACAAUGACAACAAAAACUAAUUCAAACUAAUCAAAGUUCAAUUCAGCGAUCAAUAAUAAUAAACGUCACGUGACAGACAGGAACGGGCAAAAAAACUGGUAUUGUCCUGCCCACGAUGCAUUUCAGCAGUUCAUCUCACUCAUGAAAUUCUCCAUAUAGUUGAAAUCGUUCUUUUUUGUUUUGUGCAGCAGUAACUACCACCAAACUAUUUCAAUUUAGAACAAACAAAUUGUGCAAUGAUUAAAAAAUAUAUUUUCCUAAAAUAUUAAUCUGUAAGCGAACUUCGACUGGUGUCAUUGUGUUUGUAAUAAGUAAUCAAUAAUUCAGUUAACUUUAAGUUCUGUUGUUCCCUAUUGACGCCAACCAACAUUCUUGCAUUUAUAUUCCCAAUAUUUUAAAUAAAUUUAAAAAUAGAACCGAAUUAUCUGUCAUUUCGCUUGAUUUUUGCGGACAACUUAAAUUAAUUAUUGUAAACGUUUGUUAAGCUUCAUGUUGUAUGUGUUUGUUUUUUGGCAGCAGUAUUUGAAAAUUAAAAUUAUAUAUAAAGUUUUCUAUCCCAUAUUAAAUGU